ACACACACACACACGCACACACGCAGAGAGAGAGAUCCUGCCUUUGCGGAAGCCAAGAGGAGCCAAGGCGGCGCUAAAUUAAAUUAGCAUACUAACUAGUUAGCCGUGCGCCGAUGUGGAUGGACGGGUGAAAACAGGUCGGAGCUGCCCGAAGAAACACACGUCUUCUGAAGUCAAGACACCGCCAGGUCCGGGCUCAUUUUGUCGGGAUCUUCCUGCCGUCCGCCUGCCGAGGAGAUGGGGGACAAGGCGGGCACCAGAGUUUUCAAGAAGUCGAGCCCCAACUGUAAGGUGACGGUUUACCUGGGAAAGAGAGACUUUGUGGAUCACCUGGACCAUGUGGACCCAGUAGAUGGAGUGAUCCUCGUGGACCCAGAGUAUCUGAAGGACAGGAAAGUCUUCGUCACGCUCACCUGUGCGUUUCGUUACGGCCGUGAGGACCUGGACGUCCUGGGUCUGUCCUUCCGGAAGGAUCUCUACAUCUCCACCUUCCAGGCCUUCCCUCCGGUGCCGGAGGAGAAGAAAGCCAACAGCCGGCUGCAGGAGCGCCUGCUGAAGAAACUGGGCCAGCAUGCACAUCCCUUCUACUUCACUAUUCCUCAGAACCUCCCGUGUUCAGUCACUUUACAGCCCGGCCCAGAGGACACUGGGAAGGCGUGCGGCGUUGACUUUGAGAUCCGAGCUUUCUGUGCCAAGUCGAUAGAAGAGAAGAUUCACAAGAGGAACUCGGUGCGUCUGGUGAUCAGGAAGGUCCAGUACGCUCCGGAGAAGCCCGGGCCUCAGCCCAUGGUGGAGACCACCCGCAGCUUCCUCAUGUCGGACAGAUCCCUACACCUGGAGGCCUCUCUGGACAAAGAGCUGUAUUACCACGGAGAGCCCAUCAGCGUCAACGUCCACGUCACCAACAACUCCACCAAGACCGUCAAGAGGGUCAAGAUCUCCGUGCGUCAGUAUGCAGACAUCUGCCUGUUCAGUACGGCCCAGUACAAAUGCCCCGUGGCCCAGCAGGAGGCAGAUGACCAGGUGUCGUCCAGCUCCACCUUCUGUAAGGUGUACACUCUGACCCCGACGCUCGACAAGAACCGAGAGAAGAGAGGCCUCGCUCUGGACGGGAAACUCAAACAUGAAGACACCAACCUGGCCUCCUCCACCAUUGUCAAGGAUGUCACCAACAAGGAAGUCCUGGGCAUCCUGGUGUCCUACAGAGUCAAAGUCAAGCUCGUGGUCUCACGUGGAGGGUCGUGAAGUUGUUGUCAACAUGUCUCCUCCUGCUUUUCUUUUCAUUUCAUCUCCCCUCUGUGGUUUGGCUUUUUGUUUACCCUCCCUCCCUCCCUCCC